UUUGCAGCCCUGUCGAAAGUGUACAAAAAAUAUUACACCGGCAUCAUUAAUCUAACCUCACUUUUGAGACGUCAUGAUAAUGAUUUCGUUCUAAUGUAUUGAUUUUUUCUUUUAAACAAUAAGUAUUAAUUUAUAAUAAAAUAAAUAAACGAUUUAAUAUUAAUUUAUGUACAUUUGAUAUUAUUUAUCGUAAAGAAAAAUGUUGUUCUACUCAUUUUUCAAAUCCUUGAUUGGAAAAGAUGUAGUUGUGGAAUUAAAAAAUGAUCUGAGCAUUUGUGGAACUUUACAUUCUGUUGAUCAAUAUCUAAAUAUUAAAUUAACCGAUAUAAGUGUAACAGAUCCAGACAAGUAUCCUCACAUGCUAUCAGUAAAAAACUGUUUUAUUCGUGGAUCAGUAGUAAGAUAUGUACAAUUACCUGGCGAUGAAGUUGAUACACAACUAUUACAGGAUGCAGCUCGUAAAGAAGCAGCCGUACAAACAAGAUGAUAUGUUUUUCAAAUGAAAUAUACUAUUAUUUUAUAGAUACAUUUUAUACAAACUAUAUCAAAGACAUCAAUUACUUUAAUAAUUUGAAUGUAUGGUUAUCGCAUGUAUUUAGGUUUUCUUUGCCAUGUAUUAUCUUUUCAUGUACAAAAACAGUUAUAAAAGAUAUACUUAAAAAUGUUAUUUUUGCAAUUAUAAACUUAUUCAAU